GGACAACGCAACAAGCCCACAGCACUCAAUAUAUACACUCGAUAUAUAUAUCAGACUUGUUGAAUAGACACUCUGCUUCCUCUUACUUACAUCAGACGUCUUCAAUAAGCACUCUAUUUCCACUUACAAGACAUUUUUGAACAACACUUCUUCUUGGAUACACAAGAUGAAUCGUUUGGACGUCAUUCCGUCCUCAGCAUCUCACCUCGGCGUGGUCGAGCCUGUCUUCACCGAGCCCCAUGUCUCAUUUCCAUUCCCUUACCACUUCCUACUCCUUUUGCUUCUAAUAGCCCCCCUGCUUCACACAUAUCGUGGCCGCAAAGGUUAUAGCGAGAAGCCUCUCUCAGUAAAGAUUGUCAAGACUAUAUCAUGGUUGAGAUACAAACUCUACUCGUUUGUAUACAAUGCCAUUCUCAACUGCGCCAGGCCGGUACUCUCCAUCAACAUCUUCCCACGGAAGAUUGUUGUCACAGACCCUUCUAUGGAAAGUGUCCUGUCUAGGCAUACUUCCGAGACAAGUCUUGCCAACGUUAUUUUCUUGAUUGGCCGCCGUGUAUUCGGCUUGAGCGACUCUACUAUCGAGGCCAUUGGAGGCUAUGAUCCUCGCCCAAUCCACGUUGGCGAGUUCUCAUCUGCGAGCAACGCCAGGGCUCUCCUUGCAACAAUGGCUGAAACCACAGGCCAGAAACUUCAGAGCCAACCUGAUGUUCAGGAAACUGAACUCGGCCCUUGGCUUUUCAAGCUCACCAGCUCGGCUGUCGCCAGCGCCCUUUGGGGACCUGAAAGCCCUUGGGUUGUAGAUGAGGAGUUUCAGAACCAGUUCAUGGAACUCAGCGGCUCACAAAUGACUCUUCUAAGGCCAUUUUCGAAGUACACCGCCAAGGCAGCCCACAAGGCCAGAACAUUCAUCAUCGACAGACUGCAAGCCUCUCACGCCAAUAACCGAGCAUCAAGGGUCCGACAGAUUGCACACCGAAUCAAUGCUGUCGUCAUGUCCGACCCCGAGUGGGAAUCCAAUAAAGAUUAUUUCAAAGUUGAACUGCUCACAUCGCUCGGCCUGAUGGUCACUCCCAGCACCAUGGCAGUCUGGAUGAUCCGUCAUCUGCUCUUGCGUCCUGAUCUCUUCGACAGAGUCAUCAAGGAAGCACGAAACCCGAAUGCUCUUGAUGAAGAAGGCAACAUCGACUUGACUCGUAUCCGAGAAUCAUUCCCCUUCUUGGCUGCAUGCUUGUAUGAAACUCUACGAUUACACAUGACAGCAAUUCCGCGUGUGGCAAAGGCCGAUUUCGACGUCGCGGUGCCCAACUCACAGCCCAUCCAGCUGAAGUCGGGAGAUCUCAUCUACCUGGCCAUGUCCUCAUUCAACAGGAACACUGAAACCUGGGGCCCCGAUGCUUCCACUUUCUCACCCGAAAGGCUGCUAAACAACUCUGGCAACCUCUCUGCCUCCAUGGUGCGAAAGCUAAGAGUCUUUGGCGUGGCGGGCAACCUGUGCCCCGGAAGAAAAGUCGGGUUCGAGACAAUCUUGUAUGUGGUCGCCAGUGUACUGCGGGGUUUUGACAUUGAGAAUCCUCGUGGCGAGAGCGAGCUGUACCCUGAGCCGCGAACUGAAGACGGAUUUGGCAUUGGCUUUGAGCGAUGUGCCAACGAUAUCAACAUCAGACUGAGGAGGGUGGCAUAGCGACAUCAAAGUUUUGACUGAGUGGAGGGUAAAUGAUGGAAUGCAUGUUGGAAAGCUAUGUUGUAUGAUUAUUUUUUCUUUUUCUCUUUCUUUUGUGGAUUUUCUUCUUCUUCUCUUUUCAUAGACCUUUGACACUUUGAUGGGCAACCACAGCGAUGGAAUCAAGAGAGCCUGGAGCUCACGACAUUGGAUGUACGAUAGAAAUAGCGAGCGUUGUUAGAUUGACACCAUUGACAGCUGGUCUUGUCAAAAUAAAGCUACUACUUUUUUUUUCCCCUCGAAGCAUCUCUUUUCUUCUUCUUUUUCACCAAAGUAAU